AUGGCGGCAUCCGAGCCCUCGAAAGAGCCCGAGAAGGAGGAGCCUCCAGCGCCCUCGCGAAAGGGUCGGAAGGUCAAGGACCCUGAGGCGAAGAGGGAAGCAGCCACUCUGAGGAUGCUGAAGAAGAUGGAUCGGGAGGCCCUGGCCGUUAAGGAGACGGCGAAGCCUGCGAAGGCAGAGAAGCCAGCAGACAAGGUGGAUGAGGCGCUGCCGGAGCUCGGAGGCCCCGAGGUCGAAGCCGAGAAGCCCGAGGUGGAGGCACCAGCGAAAGAAGCGGAGUCAAAACCCCAGGUGCAAGAGCCGGCAUCACCCAAAGCGGCGGCGAAGCGGGCCAAACCGCCUGCAUCAGUGUCACCAGCAAGACGAAAAUCAGCCAAAGCAGCUGCAGAUUCGAAGGUGGGAGACAAGACAGAGGCCGCCCCUGCGAAACGAAAAGCCAAAGAAGCUGCUGGAGAGGGGGAGGCAAAGUCAGACGCCAAGUCGCCUUCACCCGCGAAGCGAAGGUCAGCCAAAGUUGCAGAUGCGAAGGAGGUAGAGACGGAUGCAGCGGAGUCGGGGUCAAAGUCCAAGCCAACUCCGAAGGCUCCCAAAGAAAAGGAGCAAUCGGAGCAGCAGGACUCAGCCAAGAAGCCAAAGGAUGAAGAUAAGAAGGAGAAGAAAAACAAGAAGGAGCCUUCGAAAGGCGAGAAGGAGAAGGAGAAGGAGAAGGAGAAGGAGAAGGAGAAAGAGAAAGAGAAGGAGAAAGAGAAGGAGAAGGAGAAGCGGAGUAGCAAGGGCUCCUCAAAGCGAAACGACAAGAAGGGCGCUGGCGAAGACGAGGUGGCGGAGUCAGAGCAGAAGAAGCAGAAGACUGGCCAGCAAGGAGGCUGGGCGCUCUUCACAAGCUGUCCAUCCCUUCCGAGAGGCGUUGCAGAUCCAGAAGCGGAGGCCGUGAAUGUCAUGCAAGCGAGCUCCUCCGAUGAGGACCAAGAUGACGACAGCAUCGAUGAGCUGAAACACGGUUCAGUGGAGGAGAGAGACCCGAAUGCGCUGGUAGGGCUCGCGGAGGAGGAGCUCAAGGACUUCGAGCAGGUUGGAUUGCUGGUGGAGCCUGCGACUGUGGCCGAGAUGCCAAAGGUGGGCUUGGAGGACUACUCGGCCGAAGUGCUCGCCCAAGUGCCCAUCCAGGGCUGGCAGGCCGAGCUGCUGAGUUCCAAGAUUGGGUAUGAUGGGCCGAGUUGGUCCAUCGCCCUGGCCUGCGUCGCAGACGCCAAGAUCGACGUCAACUUCAAUGAGGGUCAGGCAACAGUCGAAGCGAUCACUCCAAUGGCGCGCCGGCGAGCAGAGUUCGUGAUCACCAAGUUCCUCGAGUCCCGGGAGUCGGGAGGGAUCAUGGUUGAUGAUACUCGUCGCCACAGCUUCAUGACACUCCUGAAGUGGACACCAAUGCCGUCGGACAAAGAUUUGUUCCAGAAUCUGACGAUAAGUGAGGAGGUGCUGGUUGUUCCAGCUCGAGUCCCUUCUGACCAGGAGGCGGCAGAGUCCAUGAGCGAAGGAGCCUUGGUGGAGGUAAGGGCAAACGACCGGGCAGACUGGCAGCCUGCCGUCCUCAAAAAGGAGAACCGACUAGGCCACGUCUGGGUACUUCCUGUCCAGGCGAGGCAGCAAAUGGAGGUCGAGCUGAGCAACGUCCGGCCUGGCUUCGACAUGGUUGCGAUCAUCGGCGAGAGGAUGAGCCGAGCCCGUGCGCAGCUUGCCUUGAUGAGCCGCAUGUGGAAGGAGGAGCACGUUUUCGACUUCGGACGGCUCUCCGCCAUCGAACUGAGCGAGGAUGGCCAUGACUGGGGAAGCUACCGACGAUACUUCAAGGAGAGUGAUCAUGGUGAUUUCCUCCACACCCAUUCAUCUCUCAUUGACAAGGUGGUGUCCAAAGCCAGCGGUACUGCUGUGGCCGUUCUUAACUGCAUGGUGAUGUGCACGGGCGCUCGGUGGGAACGCAGCUGUGCGGCCGCAAUGCUAGAGGACCUCCAGAAGGCUCACGCGAACAACGCCGAGAUACUUCGGGAGGACAGGCAGUGCAGUCUCCGGCUGCGCAUAGCUCGGCAAAGCAUCCCGCACGUGAUUCAGCGGAGGCCUGGGGAGAUUCUGCCCGAGGAGGAGGAGUUCAAGGUUCUCAUCUUGCGUAGCCAUCGCAAGGAAGCACAGAGGGAAGCCACCGCCUACAAAGCUGGAUCGAAAGUCGAAGUUCUUCAUGACGGGAGGUGGACCGAAGCGACUGUGGAUGAGAAGGUGCCAGAGGAGGAUGCGUCAAAGGUCAAGGUCAGAUGGCCGGACACAUCCGUCAAUGAGUACGAGGCCCAUGAGGUCAGACUCCUGCCGGUGGAUGAUGUUCUCGUCAUCUAUGCAGCCGAGCCUUGGAGGCGGCAGUGUGCAGCUCUUCGCUUUUUGGCAAGAGGGGCCGAUGCAGCCGGUGACGGUGGCACCAAAGCCUUGCGGGACAUUGGCAAAAUCAAGGUCGUGAACAAGGAACGUUUGCAAAUCGAAGAGGUGGAACAAGAAAAAGGGAGCUCUGACAUUCUCAAGAAGGUCAGCAAGCGAAUCGCUCGUGCAUCGCAAUGCGGAGUUGAGGCCGUUGCCGACUGCGUGGUGUUGCACGGAGAUCAGGAUGCUCGCAGCAGCGCCAAGCUCCUCCUGGGUUGGGCGAUGCGACAACGUGGCGACCCGCUGGCCGAGUUGACCAAGCCUGCGGAUGACAUUGGCAUGCUGGAAGUGGGAGAAAGUGACGUGAAGGCACUGACGGAGGAGAUUGUGGAGGAGGUUGAAAAGAAGGCAAACGUGUAUCUCUUCGUGAGAGAUGAUGUUAGCCAGCAGCAAUACAAGUACGGCGACAAGAUUGAGUUCUUGUGGGUGCAGGAUGGGCAGUCGGAAGCGAGUGGGAAGUGGAGCGACGGCACGUUCAUCCGCCGAUGCGUUGGCGAGGGCAAUGAGGUCAAAGUAAAAUACGAGCACCAACAGAAGAACUUCGAGACUGCGGUGCCGCUCAAGCAUGUGAGGCCUGAGCAGAGCAAGCGGCCCAAGCCAACGAUUCUCAUCUACUGCCGCGAGCGAAGCAGCGUUCGCAGUGGCCUGCUUCUUGCGCAGCGGACCUUGCAGGCACGACUGAGGGACGCGGUUGGGCGAGCCUCAACCGGUCAGGCGUGGUACCGUGACAAGGGAAUGUCUGGCGGCAAGGGCAAAGGCAAGAGACAGGAUUGGCAGAAGAGUGAUUGGAAGUCGAACAGCAGACAGGACUGGGGUCAGCGCGAGGAUUGGAAGGCGAAGACGGAUUGGAGUCAGAGCGACUGGCCGAAGAAAAGCUGGAACAAGAAGGAUGGCUGGGAUUCUUGGAAGAAGGACAGCUGGCAGUCAGGGCAGCAGAAGGAUUGGAAAGGCUCGAACUCCAGCUGGUCCCAACGCGACUCAGGGUGGAGCCAGAGUGCAAGCAGCUCGCAUGCCUACGACAGUGGGGGAGAUGGCCCAGGUGGCUGGAACUCUGGAUCCAUGUCCUUGUCCCCGGAACCUGUGCAAUCCUUGGAGAGUGCUCAGCAGGAGGCCGUCGAACUCGAGGCGCGUUUGCAAGACUAUUGGAUCAACGUGCCGGAGCACGAGAUGCCCCAGACUGUGGCAAACUGGGAGAUCAACCAACCCAGGUUCUUCGGCGGAGCGAAGAGACUUCCUGCUUCGUGGCUUCGGAUGAUCUCGAAGGGCAGCCGAAAACUCUACUACACGGAAGUGACGAGCAUGAGGAGCACCUACGACCUGAGAGUUGUUUUCGGCGUUGCGAACGAAGACGCCACAUGA